AGGCUGGAGUUCCAUCUUCCCCAGUCUAAGGAUUAAUGGGGGGGUUGUCGAUUUGGGUAUCUUGUUAUCGGUACUGGAUUUAGAAUAAGGCUUUUCGGAAGCAGGGGUUGGGUAAAGAAGGGGGAGUGAUCAACUGUGAAUAGUGGAAACCCGAAAUAGAUCGGGUAAUAAACCUCGAGGGAAAAAGCACCAAGUGAACCGGGGGGCAAACCUCGGCAGGCAGGGUCUACGAGGAGGGACGUUUUGAGAAAAAGGAGAUCCGAGCCGGGUUUGGCGGAGUGGAUUGAACCCGGGGGGUACGGGAACCGCAACACAAACCGAGCGGAAAAAACCCGCGAGCUUCCUCCGCUCGCUCGCGCGCGCAGCCGCCCGCCCGCCUGCACGCAGCGCACUCGCGAGAUCGGAGCUGUUUUCUCUCUCUCUUGCCUUUCAUCUGCUAAAGAGCGAAAAAGGAAUAGCGCGAGAGCGGGGGGCGACUCAUUAACACCAAUCCGGGCGUUUAGCGCGCAUGCUAGCGGCCUGAACGAGCUGCGGACGUGCCUCCCCCGGCCUCCCGUCCUGGAAAGGUGCGCGGCGAGAGCAGCCGGGCCCGCCGAGCCGAGCCGAGGGAUUCCCUGGUCGGCCUGCAGUCAUGGGCAACGCGCCCACCGCCAAGAAGGGCAGCGAGAUGGAGAGCGUGAAGGAGUUUCUCGCGAAAGCCAAAGAAGAUUUCCUUAAGAAAUGGGAGAAUCCAGCACAGAAUACAGCUUCUCUGGACCAGUUUGAGAGGAUAAAGACGCUGGGCACAGGCUCCUUUGGACGGGUCAUGCUGGUGAAACACAAGGAGACGGGUCAGCACUAUGCCAUGAAGAUCCUUGACAAACAAAAGGUGGUAAAGCUGAAGCAGAUUGAACACACACUGAAUGAAAAGCGCAUCCUGCAGGCUGUCAGCUUCCCGUUCCUUGUGCGUCUGGAACACUCCUUCAAGGACAACACUAAUCUGUACAUGGUGAUGGAGUAUGUGCCAGGUGGUGAGAUGUUCUCACACCUGAGGAGAAUUGGCAGGUUCAGCGAGCCGCACGCCCGCUUCUAUGCCGCCCAGAUCGUUCUUACAUUUGAGUACCUGCACUCACUUGACCUCAUCUACAGAGACCUGAAGCCUGAGAACCUGCUUAUCGACCAGCAAGGCUACAUACAGGUAACAGAUUUUGGGUUUGCCAAACGAGUGAAGGGCAGGACUUGGACACUCUGUGGAACUCCAGAGUACCUGGCUCCUGAAAUCAUCCUCAGCAAGGGUUACAACAAAGCGGUGGACUGGUGGGCUCUAGGGGUGUUGAUUUAUGAGAUGGCUGCAGGUUAUCCCCCGUUCUUUGCUGAUCAGCCCAUUCAGAUCUACGAGAAGAUUGUCUCGGGGAAGGUACGGUUCCCAUCUCACUUCAGCUCAGACCUGAAGGACCUUUUGAGGAACCUACUCCAGGUGGACCUAACCAAGCGCUUCGGGAACUUAAAAAAUGGCGUUAAUGACAUUAAGGGUCACAAGUGGUUUGCCACCACCGACUGGAUUGCCAUCUACCAAAGGAAGGUGGAGGCACCUUUUAUACCCAAAUGCAAAGGUCCAGGCGACACCAGCAACUUUGACGACUAUGAUGAGGAGGAAAUCCGAGUGUCUUUCACCGAGAAGUGUGCAAAGGAAUUUGCCGAAUUCUAGAAUCCACUCAAGAGUAUCUGAGAGAGAAAGGGGUUAUAUAUACGUAUAUAUAAAUAUAAAUAUGGGAGACGGAGUAUUUUUUGGGGGUGGGAGUGGUUGAUACACUGGGCUGCCAAUCUCCAUCCAAGAGCAUCAACCCAAAUUCCCCUGAGCGAAGAGAAGGAAGACCACAGAGAACCAGCAGUGUUGCCGUGUCUGUCAGUCACCUUUUGUUUGUCUUUAUUUUUGCCGUUGUCGUUUUUUUUUUUUUGGGGGGGGGGGGGGACGGUUCUGUUUUUGAGGAAUGGGUUUACAGUCCUUUCACAGAGUUCAUUUGGUUGAUAUUUUUUGUCAUUGUUCAGGACAGAGUGGCAGGUUUAAUGUCAUGGCGUUUUUCUUUGAGCAACGAUUUGAUAUCUUCUCGGGCAGACCGUUGAGUAGAACUUUGCCAACAAGGGCACACCAACGUUCAUCGUUCCACCUUCUCCAAGUGCGUUGAGUUGAAUGUGAACAUUGUUUGAGCUCAUAAUGUCAAUUAUCAGUCCAAGGAACUGCUUUAGGAAAGUGCUGACAGUACUGUGAAUAUCUUGCGCCAUAGACUCUUCAAAUGCAACCCUAGGUCCUGCGUCUUCCAUGGGCUUUCCAAUUUCAGGAUAACGCUGUUGACCAGGUGUUGUUUCCGAGAGCCUCCAGGAAAAAGAAUGAAGUUAUCAGUGUGGUCCUCAUUUGUUUCCCCCGUCGCUUUUCUCCUCAACUCACUAAACGCUCCCCAGGUUCUUCAGACUAACCUGGAUGAUUCUUAAUCAACCCCAAAAAUGAGUUUGUUUUUUUUUCUUUUUUCUUCUUUUUUCUUUUGGCCUUGGCAUUCUGUUUUGCCCUGUGCAUGGGGACAAUUCUGUCGGGUACAUGGCAUCCUGGCUCGGAUUCUACUAUCAGGAGCCACUAGUAAAGUGUGGAUUAUGGGAUUUUCCAGCAGGCUUGGCUUUAUGAUGUAAUAUGGCGAGGCUGGAGGCAUGCAACCCCUGGCAAGGCAUCGUGCUUUGUGCCACCAGGACAUGGCUGCUGCUCUCAAAGGCCUUCCUGACUCAUAGUGGUGUCCUCCUCUGUUCACCUUUCCACACCAUAUUGCCUGUUAGAAGCCCAGAAGAGGAUUUUUAUUUUUUCCUCUCAAAAUGUUAAAUUAAAUAUUUUAAGGUGGAGUCCAAACGCUGUGGGGUUUCGUUUUAAAUGGAUUUCAAUGUAUAAGUUUGAGGUGGGCGAAUGAUAUAAGAGUUGAGAUACUGUGGUUUGGCUGUGGCAAGUGCUGACGAGAGGUGUCUCACACCAGAACGAGCCAGAACCGGUGUGGCGCCCGAGGGCGGUGUUCUCGAGCUCUUACGUUCCAAACCGAGGGGGCGACAGUCUGAGGGCAAGUUGCUUGGUUUGUCCCCGAUGUUUAACGGUUGCUCCACGAAAUCGUAGCACUUCCCACCAAAAGCUACCAGCAGCGCCGUGUUUCCCGCGCUUGGUUUCUACUGAAAAUUUUAAAUAUCUUUAAUAUAUAUAUAUAUUUUUUGCCUUAGUGACGCGUUCUUGUGUUCUGUUUUUGCUUGUGAGGUGGCUGCAGAACACGGUAUUGUCGCUGUUGGGUCUUUUUAGUGACCAGGUCUCGGAGGUGAGGGGAGGAAAUUCAGUGCCAGAAAAUCUCCAUUCCAGAUAAAUAUAUAAAUAAAGUCACCGAAAAAACAAGUUUAUAUUGGCUUCCUACGUCCAUAGCUUCUGAGUGUUUCAUUUCGGAUUCCCGUUUUGUACGUCCAUCUUCCCCUCCCAACCACUGCUCUUUGUUUUGCGUCCCGUUUCCUAACACUUCUUACAGACCGUCUUACUUUUUAAAAAAAAAAAAAAAAAAAUUAAGUUAUUACGCUUUUUUCAUAUUUUCUAAAUGUAUUUUCAAUAACACGGCUCUUGUCUCCCAGCAGAGGAGCCAGCCUGUCAUCACCUUUCUGGAAACUAUAUUGUAUACUGUAACUCUGCCUUUUGACAGUCUUAAAUAUAUUUUUUCCCCUCUUCCGUAAAACUCGGCGGAGACCUGUAGGACAGAAGUGCGUAAAAUGAAAAUAUAAGUAAUAUUUUGCAUCAUGUAUCAUUCCAAUAAAGUUUUACUUGUUAAAAUUA